AUGAGUGGGGGUGCUGAGAUGGUUGCCGGAGCUGUUGUGCGGCGUGUGGCUGGCAUGCUUGGGGAGGCCGCCUGGGAAAGGGUCGAGCUUCCGUGGAUGUUCAAGGAUGAUGUUGAGGAGAUGAAGAACAAACUGGUCACCGUGCAGGCUGUGAUGGUGGAUGCUGAGAACCGCUCCCAUGGCAGUGCGUCGGUGCGGCUUUGGCUCAAGAAGCUCAAAUCUGCCGCCUACAACAUUGAAGACACGAUGGACGAGCUGGAGGCCAAUACAAUGAUAUGGAGGAGCACCACUUGCUCGGUAGCACUUACAUCCUGUUCCCUGAAUAUAUAA